AUGCUCUUGCAUGCUCUUUCACAAACCAAUGGAGGGAGUGGGGUCCCCCGUGGGGGGUUCCUUGUUUCCCACUGCGAACAGGCGACUGCGACGCAAACUCGCCUUUCCAUUAAGGGCUCCCCGCUUCCAUCGAGGCUUUUGCCUCUCGCUUCUCACAGAGGAUGGAAGCGAGUGAUGAGGCAACUUGUAUGCUGCGCGCUGCUUGGAGUCCUUGCCUGGGUGGGGCAGGCACACUGCCAGGCGCGAGACACGUGGCCUUCGCGACACAACGGAGUGGGAUUCUCUUUGCUUCAACUCACAUCAUUGAAAAAGUCAACUGAGCCAAAUGCGGAAGUGGAGGAGGCGCGAGGAGCUGUGAAGGGUGGUGGUGAUGGCAAACCCACUGUGGCUGGUUCGGUUGUUGAUCCCUUCUCCGCAGCGCAGGUUUUGAGCACCGACAGCUUUAAGAAGCAGCUUCUCGCAAAAGUUCACCUUCAUAGAACCCCGGAUGAGGCUGCAGACGGAACAAAGCCAACAGAUACAACGCCGUCUCUGCUAGAAGAGCAAAACCAGGUGAAAGAGGCAACGCAGCGUAGCGCGGCAACUGGCUUUCCGAAGGCCGGUGCAUGGCUUCAGUUAAAGAGAGUAAACGCAGAAGGGGAGUCAGAAGCAUCGAAUGAUAGACAUAGAGAAAUCGAGAAAGACGAGGCAGUUGGCGAGGUGACAGACAAAGCAGACGACACAAACGAAGAUACAACGGAGCUAAAACUGCCAGCUAACUUUCAUUUUCCUCGUAUUCAGCAACACUUGCCAGUACUGGCUGAAUUUUUUGAAAAUACUCAGGACCUCGAUGAUGACGAGAAUGAAGGAGCACUCAAGAGUGAAUCCCGGACAGCAGCCAUGGAGGCACCUGCAACUUCCUUAGUGGAAUCCACUUCUACUACAGCAGGAAAAGCUGACGGAGAGACAGCCAAGGAGAGUAAGAGCGAGGAAGAUGAAGCGGAAGAGGAGGAGGGCAGCGAAGCAGAGCCACAAUCCAGUGAAGAACCCAAAACAGGAAAACCGGAGUCCAGGCAGGAAGGAAAUAGUACAAAAGCAAGCGGCGCCGAAGAAAGCCAAAAUAACAAGAGCUCUCAGGAGGCAGCUGAACAAAAGGAUUCGCAGGAGUCAGCUGGUAGCAGCAAAGAGGCUGCGGAAGGAACAGCCAAAGAUGAGGAAAGCAGCAAGGCUUCUGCAGAGCAUGAUUCUUUGCAUGGCACUAGCGUGCGUGAAGAAGCUCCUUUCCCCAAGGAGAAUAGAGGAUCCCACAAUGAGGGUUCCAUUUCAUCACACAACGACGCCUCCGCAACGGAAAAGGAGGACAAAACGCCAAACAAAAGCAAUAAUUCAGCGCAAGGAGCAGAGACAAAGGCGGAAGAGGAUGUGCAUAGUGCAACGGAGAGCAAGGUUUCGAACGGCAAAAUAGCAGCAGAGGCAAAGCGUGCUGACGAACAGCAGAGUAGACAUGAUGCCACAGCAAAGGCAACAAAAGCUGUCACUGCACCACCCGAGAAGACAGAAAAGGAAAAGGAAGAGGAGCAGCACGUACACAACAAGGAGGUGGCAGAAAAGGCCACGAAAUUGGCAAACAUGCAGCGAAUGGAGCAAGAAGCCCUACUGAAGCUGCACAUGUUGGGAGAAGGCGGCCCACGGAAGAGCGUCCAGCUUCCUUCUGGCACUUCAUCGAUGAGCGUGCAGGACGAGGAGCAGCACAGGCAGCUGGAGAAAGCAACCAAGACGGCUCAAAGCCUUACAAUGCAUCUGCGUGUGCAGCGCGAAUUGAAACAAAGGGAAAUGGCCAUAAAGCAGAAGGAGAUUGCGCACCUAAAUCUCCUAAAACACAUCCAGGUUCUUAUGCAGUCCGCCGUAUCCAGUGCCUGGAACAAGCUCACAGACAUUCAAAAUACCUUGAAGCAGCUGGCGCUUGAAAGUGCAUUGGUAAAUAAACAGUUCCUCAAAGAAACGGACAACCGAGUAUUGCGCCCUCAGGAGCUUCCUCUGGCAGUGUCCGGUGAAGAAAGAAAGACCCAGGGAAGCCUUGCGAAGAAAACUGGGAUCUCUGCCCUUGAUUGCCCUGUUGAGUGUGCACCAAAGACCUGCGACAACAAACCCACCUUUCCCACGCAUUGCUUCCGAUAUGAUCUGGUGGCUGGUGGCGGAGGCUUUAGGACUUGUGCGCCGUUCCUCGAUGACAGGACUGCAACCUGCCCAGAUGGUUAUACGCGCUGCGCAAUGGCGGCUCCCGUACGCGGACGAAAAUAUGAGCUCUUAAAUUCACCAGCAAACGACCCUCUUCCACAAGCGCUAUUCAUUAAAGGGAACAAUAUGCACAGCUGUCUUAAACUUAUGGCUGUACACAGGAAAACAGAGUGCAGCCCUGCAGAUGCACAGUCGGUCUUAUCCGCAGUGAAGGAUUCUCAGAAUGCGGAAAAUUCACCACCCCCCCGAGUUCUGGAGAAUGGGGUUAUCUUCGAGAACAUUCAAAUUCGCUCACCGGGGGAAUAUAAGUUAUGCAUGCUGCAGUAUUGGAUUCCCCCAAGAAGUCCCAAGGGGGAAGUCAUCGUCCUGGGUGUUGAUGAAAUUGGAACAGUUUUAGUCCAAGAUAUAACUCAUGUGCAGAAGCAAAUAAGCCAAAAGGAGGCAGAGGCUGCUGCUGCUGCUAAUGAGACAAAUGCAGGUGCAAGUGUAAACCCUCAUCUUGCUGGAGAGAGGGGGAAGAACGACGAAAUACGUGAACAGGGAGAUAAAAACGAAGCGGAAGAGAAUUUGUCACACCGAGAAAGCAAAGAAUCACAGAAGGUGCCGCAGCCAGAAACGUACGAUAAGAGGUCCAGAUUCUCAUAUGGGCAAAGUGGAGGCCCUCUUGUUAUGGGAUGUUCUGGAACGUACAUGGCGGGGUCCAGGCUUGGCGAUUUGUUUUUACAAAGCGGACAGCCAGCAAGGCGCUUAGCAAGCAGAGGACGCUCCAGCUUAGCUGGUUUCCCAAUAGGAAUCGAUACACAUUUUGCUGAAUCUUUAUGUUCUAUUUCACCACUCCCAUAUGCUUGGGUACACACGAUAUGGCGUAGGAAGACGCUCCCAGUAUUCUCGGCUUAUGUGCGAGGAAGUAGUCGAAGGGGGGGAGAAGGGAGAGGCCUUGUGGGUUGUAUUGCCAUCUGGAGCCCCCUGACUGUACUCUCAAAGUGUAUAACUUUUGCAACGAAGGGCGAACCCAACGGCUCGUAG